GAGGCAGCUCAACUGUAUUAGCAAUGAGUAGCUCUCCGCUGCUGUGGAUAUGGAGAGCUCUUCUCCUUCUCCAGUUCGUAACCGGAGUUCUCGGCUUGGGAAAGGAAGGUCACUACUCACUACGCUGUUUGCAAAAUCGCUGAGGCGUAUCUGAACGAAGACGCGAUGAUGACGGAGGUGAAAGAACUACUUCCGGAGUACGCCGAGGGCGAUCUGGCGAGUCUUUGCUCUUGGGCGGACACCAUGAAUUUUCGCUAUCACUGUAGUAGCGCUCUCCACUACGUCGAUACACCGGAAUUCCUCUGCAACUACAAAAUUUCCCACAAUCUAACGGAGGCACUGCUGUUCUUGUCACAUUUUGUUGGGGACGUUCAUCAGCCCCUACAUGGUUUUCUGGGAGGUUUGGGAGGAAACACAAUCAUAGUUCAAUGGUAUACUAGAACGGCUAAUCUACAUCAUGUGUUGUAUACGAGCAUUAUUGAAUCCACCAUGGACCCAUGAUUGAUUCGAUUCCGAGUAAUAUAAUGGACAAUCAAUUGCCAUCGUGGGGAGACUGUGAGGGGAAUCAAACAUUCUGUCCAAAUGUGUUUGCUUCUGAAAGUAUCAGUUUGGCGUGCAAGUAUGCUAACCAGAAUGCUGCACCAGGAAGCAGCUUGACUGAUGAGUACUUCCUUUCUCGGCCGCCUAUUGUGUAAGGACGGCUGGCCCAAGCUGGUGUCCGUUUGGCUGCUACCCUCAACGGCAUCUUUGCUUCCAAAGUACAAAUUGCUGAGUCACGAAGAUAAAGCCCAUCAUGGGAUAAGAAAGGAAGCUACGAUGAGAGUCCAUAUUAGAUGACAGGUGUUAGGUAAUUUUAGUUCAGAUUUCAGAGAAUAAGCAAACAUAUGCAGUAUGAUCUGUAGCUUCAGCAUUAUUGGGCGCCUCUCAUAGGUUAGGCAGGCUAAUUAGUGAGCCCUUAGCUACUAUCUAUUGACUAACUAUCUCAAACUCUCACAUGGAAUGAAAAAUUCCUGUAGAAUAUACUCUGUCCUGUUGUAUUGCUUAGGAUGAAUGUAAAACUUUAAGGACACUCAAGAUAAGGGGAAGUUGAAUCUUGUACUCAAUGAUAACCGUUUUAUUAAUAGGACAUAUUGACUGUCAUCACAUGUUCAUUGCUGUACCCUUAUUGUAUAUAACUGCUUGUGCAUAUAUGUAACUGAAAUUUUCGUUUGCCUUUCUUCUUUUUGUAUUUUCUUAGUUGCUGUGUGGCAGGGCAGCAUUUGGCCACCUGGUAACUUGAGAAAGGACAGAAGAAAAAAAAACCCUUGAAGAGAAAUGCAGCCAUUUGGUUUAUUUCUGUUCAUAGCUCUGGCCGUGAUCUUGGUGCCUGGAGCUGUGAGCUGGAGCAAGGAAGGGCACAUGAUAACAUGUCGAAUUGCACAGAAUCUGUUAAAGCCGGAAGCAGCACACGCCGUGGCACAACUGUUGCCUGAAACUGUGAACGGCGACUUGUCAGCGCUUUGCGUCUGGCCGGACCAAAUCCGGCAUUGGUAUAGAUACAGGUGGACCAGCCCACUUCACUUCAUCGACACCCCUGACGAUUCCUGCACCUUCGACCAUUCAAGUAAUCAACUUCAACGGGACUGCGUUAAGGAUCGUUGCGUAGCGGGUGCGAUUCAGAACUUCACCUCUCAGCUCUCACACUACAAAGAAGGCAGCACGGAUCGACGAUACAACUUGACAGAAGCGUUGCUCUUCUUGUCGCACUUCAUGGGUGAUAUUCACCAGCCUCUUCAUGUUGGCUUCACUUCUGACGAAGGCGGCAACACCAUAGACCUGCGCUGGUUCCGCCACAAAUCCAAUCUCCACCAUGUAUGGGAUAGGGAGAUCAUCCUUCAAGCUCUCAAGGAUUACUACGACAAAGACGUCGACCUCCUCCAGCAAGCAAUCGAAGGAAACUUCACCGACGGUUUAUGGCAUGACGAUCUGCUGUCGUGGAGAGAUUGCGACGAUCUGCUGGAAUGUCCUGACAAAUAUGCAGUGGAGAGCAUAACCAUAGCUUGCAAAUGGGGCUACAAAGGCGUCAAGGAAGGUCAAACUCUAUCAGAUGAGUACUUCGAGUCGAGAAUGCCAAUCGUGAUGAAACGUAUCGCGCAAGGUGGAGUUCGAUUAGCUAUGUAUCUGAAUACCCUUUUCGGAGACCCUGACAACGAGCAAGUAGCUGCUGGCUUCGCUUACCCAACAUAAAGAAGGACGGAAGGAAGGAAGGAAUUCGUUUGGUAAAAAUCAACCAAUCUAACAACUCCAUGAGGUACAGAGAUCUAAUUAACUACUCAUGAGGUGUGGAGGGAUUAGCGAAUUUAACCGCAGCUUGAUUUGUAAGUGACUUGCAUUAGGGGAAACAAAAGGUGAAGUAUAGUGAUGAAAUAAAGAGGGGGUGAAAACCUACCCAUGUAAAUUUGAUUACCUCUUACCAGUUUAUUUUUACUGUUAUACAAGUUUAUUAUUUGUGAUAAAAACAGUUGAAUGUAACAUAGAAGAUAGAAGAGGGAUAAUAUUUGUAAUUCUGUAACUCCAUGCCCAUGCAUUAUCAGUUUUACUUUUACCAUAUGACUGGGACAAGUACUUGAAUUUGGAAUGGAUGAUUGAUUUAGCAGUGAUGUAUGAG